AUGGACCAACAAGCCCUACAGAAGAUGUUGAUCGAGAUGGACAACCAGUUGAGCAAAUCCAGAGCUGAGUUGUCCAUGGUGAACCUCCAAAUGGAAAGAGUGGACACCAACUUGAACAUGAUCAAAAGCACAACCGGAUUAUUGAAUAAGCAUUGUCAACCCAAGGAGAAUGUAUGGGAAGGUGUAGGCAAAGCAUUUGUAGCUAUCGACGUGGAUGACUACAAGAAGAAGAUCCAGGACGAUGAAAAGGAGUUUUUGGACUCCAAGAAGAGCUUGAAUAUUAAGAAGAACUACUUGGAAACUACAUUGGAGAAGACAAUGGACACCAUGACUCAAAUCGUGGGCAAGAAGCCUUAA